CACCAUCUUCUCUUGGUGUCAUCCUUCUGUAUCAAGUUAUGGGCAGAGCCUCAGAGCUCAACACAUGAGCAUAACACAGCUGCUGAUCCAACAGCAGGAGCUUCGGUGGACACCUUUAGAGGAUCUGAUGUGCAAAAAUUGAUGGGAAAGUGCAGAAGAGGAGUGUGUUCAGUCUGUCUGUCGGCCGCAGAGUCAGCGAGGAGAUAAACUCCAGUGUUAAAGGUAAAAGAUGACAACCAAACCUUCAGUAGGAUCGUAUCAGCAUGUCCUGCUGCCUCUCUUUCUGCUAUUUUGUUUUGGAGGAGUAUUUUACACCUACUACAAGCCCACUGUGAGCUGGUUCUCAUGCUCGAAUGUUCCAGUCUCCUCACAUGAAGUCUGCUCAGAUGAAUGCCUCAAGGUAUUGACAGCAAACUUUACCCAAAACACUACCACUCAUAACUACACUACGCAAAAGCUACUGCUACCACAACCGACCCCCAAACCAGCUGACACUGAAGAAAACAUCACCUUUUUAAUCUGGACAUGGCCUUUCGGGUUUAAAUUUGAUGUAAAAGCUUGUAGUCCACAGUUUGGUAUUGAAGGUUGUCAACUUACAGAUGACAGAAGCCAAUAUGACAAAGCCCAUGGAGUUUUGUUUCAUCACAGAGACAUUGGUGGUGAUUUCACAGAGCUGCUGAAAAGACCACGUCCUCCACAUCAGAAGUGGGUGUGGAUGAACAUGGAGUCUCCUGAUAAUUCAGGUAGAAAUGAUAGAUUUGAUGCUGUAUUUAAUCUUACAACAAACUAUCGAAGAGAUUCAGAUGUCUGGGUACCUUAUGGGAGAAUCAUAGAAAUAUCAGAGAAGGACAAACCCUUUAAGAUACCACCAAAGGAUAAAUUAGUGUGCUGGAUCGUCAGCAACUGGAAUCCCAACUUCAGGAGAGUGAAAUUUUUUAAUGAACUGAGCAAACACAUCAAAAUAGAAGCUUAUGGUAGACACUUCAAUAGGUACAUCAGCAGUGAAGACUACAGGACGAUUGUAUCAGGCUGUAAGUUCUACUUAUCAUUUGAGAACUCCAUCCACAAAGACUACUUCACAGAAAAGCUGUUCAAUCCUCUGAUUAUCGGCACGGUUCCUGUGGUUCUCGGUCCAUCCAGGGAGAACUACGAGGAAUUCAUUCCAGCAGAUGCAUUCAUUCAUGUGGACGAUUUCAAAUCUCCUCAGGAACUGGCAGAACGUCUCAAAUUUCUGGACCAGAACCAGGAGGUUUAUGAACGCUACUUCACCUGGAGACAACACUUCACUGCUAUAGGGGCACAUUUUGGUCUAGAACACGCUUGCCGAAGUUGUGAUCUUAUAAAAAGGAAUAAGUCCUACAGAGUGUUCAAAAAUCUCAAUAAAUGGUAUUGGGGUUAGCUAGCAUGCUACUGGCUAACAUGAACUUCUGACUGUAGACCCCAACAAGAUGAGCUUUUCCAGAUAAGACAUCAGACCUUUUUUUACUUCCCAGUGAACGGACCAUAAAUUAUUAUAAUAAUUUUUCUUCUAGGGGUUUAAUGAUGCACAUCUCCUACUAUUUUUAUACACAGGAAAGCAUAAAGCUGAUGGCUAAGACUGAACUGAUAGCUACACCAUCACAUUCUCUACUGUUCUACAUUCCCCCCCUUUGCUUUAAAUGCUACAUUGAUUUACCUUCUUCUUCUUCUUCUUCUUAUUAUUAUUAUUAUUAUUUUUACUCCUAACUGUCUCCCAGUGAUGGUUCUGUUUUUUUUUUUUUAGAGAAGUAAACUAUUGUGAAACAAUCAUCAACAAAUCAAAUGAAAUCUUUGUUAAGAAUGUAUAAAGCAGUGUCAUAAAGCACCAAUGAGCUGGGAAAGAUCCAGAUCUGUGCAUUCUGGUUUAUUUUACAUGUUGAGGUUAUUCUAACAGCCUUGAUCAUUUUUGGUACUGUAGUGUGGGAAUGGUGUCCCUUUCUUUUCCUUCUUCGUGUUUUAUUUCCAGUUAUCCCAGUGAUCCAGGGACAGACUUUCGAUCCACAGAGUCUAAACUAUUGCUUACUAAUAAUUAAUAAACUUAUUGCCAAAAACUCUCAUUUGUGUAAUGUGUGGGAGGCACUGGUCGAAGUGGGGCUCGAACCUGGAUCUCUGCGGUAAGCUCAUCACCUGCUUCCAGAGAAUUAGACCCAGAUACACGAUCAAGAAAAGUGUGACUUUAAUUAACAAACGUAAAAAUAACUAAAGACUUACACAGAAUAGAAUGAAUACAACAUGAAAAACAAACAUAUCUACAAGAUAAGGAGCCAAACAAUGACUGACCAUGCCUGAUAGACUGAGAUAUAUAUGUAUAUACAGGGCAAAGCAUGAGGUUGAACAGGGAACAGGUGACAUGGCAGAAAAAUGGAACAAUGGGAAGGGCGUGGCACAGAUCAUGAGCUCAUGUGGGGAACAAACAAUACAACAAACUAUGAUAAAACACCUGCCUGUACCCUCUGAUGGUCUGGUAAGGAACCGUCCUAGCAGCUCCUGACAAUUUGUUAGCUAAUCCGGUCACCCUAAGCUUCAGAUGUUAAUGGGUCGCCUCUAAAGAGCUCAAGAUCACGGCAUUUUGUUAUUAAUUUAUCCACUGCUUGUAUAAAAUUAACAGUAUGUUCAUGACAGUGGGCAGAACCUUCCUUCAAGCCAUAAAACUGAACUUUGGACUGCCUUGUUUAUCUUCAGCUCUAUAUUUCAUUAUUCUCAUUAAACAGAACUGUGGAGGCCAUAUGUUUUUAAGUGAAAAAAUCUUUGCACAUUCUACAUUAUUACACAGUUGUACAUGCCACAAUCAUUUCCCUCAAUUUUAAGCUUAUCAAAUAUACAGUAACUGUGCAUUUAUAUUUAUUCCAAUAUUACUAGAUGUUUUAAAUUCCGAGGUCGCAAGUCUAUUUGCUAAUGCAUUUCCCAUUCUGAGUUAUGACCUGGUCAUAUAUAAAUGGCAAUAGCAAUUAUUCUAUUUGCUCUUUCACUUCCUCUGGGUUGUGUCGGAACUCAGAGCCCCCUCCGAGUGGACAUAUCACAGGGUGGAAUUUUGUUUGUAUCUAUGACUCUUAGCUUUCCCAAUAACCUCCACAAUCUAUAAAACUUAGCCGAAAUAAAAGAGAUCUCGGUCAACAGAUGAGAAGAAGCAGGUUUCUUUAUUCAGUCAUGCAGUCAACAACAUGCAUAUCUGAAGAGAGCAGCUGGUCUCAAAAAACCCCGAAAAAGUCCCCUCUACUUAUACCCCAGGCGCCCCGGGGCGCCUCCUUUUCUCUAAUUUAAAUAUUUCCAGCAAUUUCCCAUUAUAUUCAGUGUAUGGCUACUUUAGUCCCUCCUUCCUUAGUUUACAUACGUUUUCCCAGUUCCCAUUAUUUUCGCAUUUGUCCCGAUACCGCCCCUAAAUUGAUACCAUCCUCCCCUCGAUGACGUCAAUUUUCCUCCUCACCAGUUCCCCUUAUUUUUAGGCUAAGUCAACCAUUUUUAUAAAAAUUGGCGCUUACUUAUAGGCGCCACUUCCUUAUUGACUUCAUUUGACCAUCACCUCUUAAAGGUGCUUCCUCGGCUCAUCCUGACCUCGCGCGUUGCCCCCCACAACAAUGUGUAAGUACCUUGUUCUCUUCCUCUAUGUCAUGAUGACUUUUCUCUCUACCUACUUGAUCUAAGUUUUGUUUUACUAAUUUUAAACUAAGCUGUGCCAUUAAGCUGCCUCAUAUCCUUUCCUCUUUUCAUCACUGUUGGUUGCUAGUAUUCCAAUGCUAUUGUCUCCUCUACCUGCCUAUCACUGUCAUGUCACAGUGACCUGGCCUACUUCCCACACUGUGUUCCUCCUGCCUUAGUACCCGCUCUCUUUUGCUGACUACAUAGUCACGCAAUAUGCACUUUACUCAUCUUCACUCAUUUCCCAUUAUUUUUUUUUCCUAGCUCAGUCAGCCCGCCGCGCUAUCUUCCGGAGAAGUCCCAGGGGUGCUCUGCGACGCUAUCGCCAGUAUCAGCUAUCCUGUUUGGCCAUUGAACUUACUGGUUUCCUGGAGCACCUAUCUGAAUCCUCUAUUCCUGAGUCUCCUUACCUCGCUCACCAUAUCGUGAGAGAUACCGUCUGUCUUGAUCAGAGCACCCAAUUUCACCCCACAACCUGUGAUCAGUCUACUCAGACCUUCUACUGGCAUUGGACACACACCACCUCUCAAGGCGUCCAGACUGAGGAUUUCCCUGUUGAGAUUUCCUCUAAUGAUUCUUCCUCUGACUCCUCUUCAUUUCCUAAUUCCCCUGACAUUCCCCAACUUUCUCCUGAAUUUGUGCCUAUGCCUUACAGUGUUCAUGAUAUUCCUCAGUCUUCUCCUGACUAUUCGCCCCCAACUUCUCCCACUGAUUAUUCUCCAACUUCUCCUCAGGAUCCCGAGAUUCCGUCUUCUACAACUGACCCUCCGGUCCCACUGAUCCCAUUGGAUAGGCUGGCUGACUGAGUUGUAACUCCUAAUGUUUCAAUAAAUCUCUCCUCUUUUCUGUUCCUUCAGUCCCAGUGUGGUUAUUACGCUAGCAUGCUGCCAUUAAUAAUUCUGCAUGUUUAUUAUGAAGACUAUGAGGCUAUAU